AUGUCAGAGUUGCAGGAAACACAUUCCUCUUCCUAUCUAUUUUUACUAUUUUCCUUCAUCCUUCUUUCAGGUAGUGUUGUUGUUGGAGAUUCUUUUUCUUUAGACACGGACAAACAGAUUCUGUUGAAGUUGAAAAAGUAUCUAGACAACAAAACUCUUGCAGACCAAGGAAAGUACAUAUAUUGGAAUAACGAUAGCUCCCAUUCUAAUCCAUGUGAAUGGCAGGGAAUUUUGUGUAGCCAAGAAAAGAGAGUGAUUUCAAUUGAUCUUUCUAAUAGUGACAUCACUGGAGAGAUAUUUCAAAGCUUUUCCCAGCUGACUGAGUUAACACAUCUUGACCUCUCGCAGAAUACACUCUCUGGAAAUUUUCUGGAUGAUUUGAGAAACUGUCGCAAACUGUUGCAUCUCAAUCUCUCUCAUAAUAUUCUUGAGGGAGAAUUGAAUGUUACUGGAUUCACAAAUUUGGAGACACUUGAUUUGUCUUUGAAUAGAUUUCAUGGAGACAUUGGGCUGUUGGAUUUUCCUUCCAUUUGUGAAAAUAUAGUGACUUUGAAUAUCUCAGGAAAUAACUUAACUGGUGAGAUUGGUGACAGUUUUGAUCAAUGUUUGAGUUUGAAGUACUUGGAUUUGAGUACUAAUAUGCUCAGUGGAGGUAUAUGGAAUGGAUUUGCAAGGUUGAGGCAGUUUUCUGUUGCUGAGAAUCUUUUCUAUGGAAACGUUUUGUCUCAAGCGUUUCCGUUGAAUUGCGAGCUUGUGGAAUUAGACCUUUCUCAGAAUAGGUUUUCUGGGAAGGCACCAAAGGAAAUUUCUAACUGCAAGAAUUUAACCAUGUUGAAUCUUUCGACCAACAAAUUUACCGGAGCCAUCCCUGUUGAAAUUGGAUCCAUUUCACUGCUUAAAGGAUUGUACUUGGGAGGAAACAACUUUUCAAGAGAUAUUCCUGAGACACUUUUGAAAUUGAGUAACUUAGUUUUCUUGGAUUUGAGCAGAAACAAUUUUGGUGGUGACAUACAGAAGAUAUUUGGAAAUUUUAAGCAGGUUAGGUUUCUUCUGUUACACUCCAACUCAUACACUGGAGGAUUGUUAUCAUCUGGAAUUUUCACAUUGCCGAAUAUUACACGGUUAGACCUUAGCUUCAACAAGUUUUCAGGUCCAUUACCUGUUGAAAUCUCUCAUAUGCAAAGUCUAGAACUUUUGAUGUUAUCAUAUAACCAAUUCAGUGGAACUAUUCCAUCAGAAUUUGGAGAUAUGCAUAAUUUACAAGCACUUGAUCUUGCUUUCAACCGGUUGAGUGGACCGAUUCCUCCAAGCCUUGGAAACUUGAGAUCACUCUUGUGGUUGAUGCUUGCAGACAAUUCGUUAAACGGAACAAUCCCUUCGGAGUUAGGGAACUGUACUAGUCUGUUAUGGUUAAACCUUGCUAACAAUAACCUCACUGGAAAGUUUCCUCGCGAGCUUUCCAAAAUUGGAAAGAAUGCGACGGAGACAUUUGAAUUUAAUAGGCGGAGAGACGGAAUGAUUGCUGGCUCUGGUGAAUGUUUAGCAAUGAAGAGAUGGAUUCCUGCAGAUUACCCUCCAUUCAGCUUUGUGUAUGAUAUUUUAACAAGAAAAAAUUGUAGAGGACUUUGGAAUAAAUUGCUGAAAGGGUAUGGAAUUUUCCCAUUUUGCACACCAGGGUCUUCCCUAAGAUUACCUUUGAUAUCUGGUUAUGUUCAGUUAAGUGGAAACAAACUAAGUGGUGAAAUUCCUUCAGAGAUUGGAACUAUGGUGAAUUUCAGUUUGUUGCAUUUGGGAUUCAACAGUUUCUCUGGAAAACUUCCACCAGAGUUGGGAAAUAUUCCACUUGUGGUCUUGAACUUGACUACAAACAAUUUUUCAGGUGAAAUUCCGACGGAAAUCGGAAACUUUAUUUGCUUGCAAAAUCUUGAUUUGUCUCGAAACAACUUCUCGGGCAAUUUUCCAUCAAGUUUGAACAAAGUGGCUGAGCUUAACAGGUUCAACAUCUCAUACAAUCCCUUCAUACAAGGUGUGGUUUCAUCAAGUGGACAAUUUGUUACUUUUGGUAAAGAUUCAUAUUUUGGUGACCCUCUUUUGAUCCUUCCCCAGUUCAUCGACAACAGUACCGCGAGAAACGAUAAAAACAUGACUCGCAACAAAGACCAUAAAAAGCCUACAAAAUUGACUGUGUUUUUGGUGUUUUUAACCAUAACACUUGUUUUUAUCAUAUUUAGUUUUCUGACAAUAAUUGUCUGUGCAUUAGUCAAAUCCCCUUCAGAUCAAUAUCUCUUGAGGGAACAUGCAAAACAUUGCAAUGACUCAAGCAGUUCAGGAAUAGAAUCUUCACAAUGGUUAUCUGAUUCGGUAAAAGUGAUUCGCUUAAACAAGACAGCUUUCACCUAUGCAGACAUUUUGAAAGCAACAAACACUUUUUCAGAAAGCAGAAUCAUAGGAAAAGGUGGAUUUGGAACAGUAUACAAAGGAUUUUUCGCAGAUGGUAGAGAAGUAGCAGUGAAGAAGCUUCUAAGCGAAGGACGCGAAGGCGAAAAGGAAUUCCAAGCUGAAAUGGAAGUUCUAAGCGGCCAUGGUUUCGGUUGGCCUCACCCAAAUCUCGUCACACUCUACGGUUGGUGUCUAAACAAUUCAGAAAAGAUACUUGUUUAUGAGUACAUAGAAGGCGGAAGCUUAGAAGAUCUAGUAACCGAUAAAACACGUUUGACAUGGAAGAAAAGACUGCAAAUAGCCAUCGAUGUGGCUCGCGCGCUUGUCUACUUACACCACGAAUGUGACCCUUCAAUUGUUCAUAGAGAUGUGAAAGCUAGUAAUGUGUUGCUUGACAAAGAAGGAAAAGCAAAAGUAACAGAUUUUGGACUAGCUAGAGUUGUUAAUGUUGGUGAUAGUCAUGUGAGUACAAUGGUAGCCGGAACCGUUGGAUAUGUUGCACCUGAAUAUGGACAAACAAUGAAAGCUACUACAAAAGGUGAUGUUUAUAGUUAUGGUGUGUUGGUUAUGGAAUUGGCUACAGGUAGAAAAGCAGUGGAUGGAGGUGAAGAGUGUUUGGUCGAAUGGACGAGGCGUGUUAUGAUGGGAAGAAAACAACAACAAUAUCAUCAUGUGUUGAGUUAUUUGGGUUCAGAGGAAAUGGUUGAAUUGCUAUGUAUUGGUUUGAAGUGUACAAAUGAGACACCAAAUGGUAGGCCAAAUAUGAAACAAGUUUUGGCUAUGCUUAUUCUGAUAUCUAAGUCCAAUGUUGGAGAUUCAAGUGAUCAUGGACACAUUGUUUAG